AUGAACGACGGUCAUGCCUUCGUGUUCGACUACAUGGAACCCAGGGCGCCCAAGGGGGGGGAUAUGAAGGGCGAGGGGUGCGAGCGCACGUGCGGCGACCUCCAGACCAAGGCCUGCGGCUGCACCGACCUCGCGUGCACGGGUCCCAACCCGCCGGGGGAGCAGCACAACCGACGCUGGGCCGUCUACGAGCUGCCCCCAAUGGCGCCGCCUCAGCACCAGCCCCGCUACUAG